AGGAGCGAAGCGCGACGGAGACCCGCGCGGCGUAGAAAAUGGCGGCGGAAGAGAUCCGGGCACCGCCUGCGCCGCCCUUAUAUAGCGGCGACGGCAGCCAAUCAGCGCAGCCCGGGGGAUGCUGCAGCGCCCCCCUGCGGCGGCGCCCCCCGCGCUCUCAGCUGGCCGCCGCCAUGGGCGUGCUGCCGGUGCCGGCGGGGGUGCGCGCCAUCCUGCUGGACGUGGAGGGCACCACCACCCCCAUCGCCUUCGUGCAGGAGACCCUGUUCCCCUACAUCAGAGACAACGUGGAGCAGUAUCUGCGUGCACACUGGGAGGAGGAGGAGUGCCAGCGGGACGUGGGGCUCCUGAGGCAGCAGGCCCAGGAGGACUCGGACCUGGACGGAGCGGUGCCAAUCCCAUUGGAGAGCGGCAGCGGGGACGAGGAGCUGGAGCGCGUCAUCCAGGCGGUGGUGGACAACGUGCACUGGCAGAUGGCUCUGGACAGGAAGACCACGGCACUGAAGCAGCUGCAGGGACACAUGUGGAGGGCGGCCUAUGCCACAGGGCUGGUGAAGGGAGAAGUCUUUGAGGAUGUGGUUCCAGCCAUCCGGAAGUGGAGGGAAGCCGGGAUGAAGGUCUACAUCUACUCCUCAGGGAGCGUUGAAGCCCAGAAGCUUCUGUUUGGACACUCUACAGAAGGUGAUAUCCUAGAGCUCUUUGAUGGCCACUUUGACACCAAAAUUGGUCCCAAGGUAGAAAGCGAGAGCUACCGAAGGAUUGCCGCGAGUAUAGGAUGUGCCACCAACAACAUUCUCUUCCUGACUGAUGUCCCUCGAGAAGCAAAUGCAGCUGAGGAAGCAGACACUCACGUGGCUGUGGUCAUCAGACCUGGCAACGCAGGACUGACGGAUGAUGAAAAAUCGUAUUACAGCCUCAUCUCAUCUUUCACUGAACUUUUCCUGCCUUCUUCCACUUAAGGAAAGUGGUGCACGCACAAAAGGCUGUGCUUCACCUGAGUUGUCCCUGUGUAAGUUCAAGUAAUUUUGUCCAUAACCAGAAUCUAAAACCAAACCCACGUCAUGUGUUGGACCCACGAGUAAUGCAGGUAUGGAUGAAGAGUAUGGUGUGGGGUUCCCGAUGCGGUACAUUAGGGCUGCCACAGACAGCCGUCCUUGCUGCAGGCAAGCUGUAUAGACCAGGAAUGACUUAAAUCUUGGCUACACCCACAGCAGGACCGAAGUACAAAACAGUGUGACUUGUGUGCAGAUGCUGCUUGGAGUGACACUGUCAGCCCACCAGAAUGAAGCAGAGCAUACAGUAAGAAUUAAGUUCUUUAAAAAUUAAAUUCUAGACCCACCUCAUGCUGCUGCCAGGUGGUGUGGGUCUAUGGGAUCCAGCAGGCUGACACCACAGCCAGCUUGGCUGCAUUUCUGCCCAAACUGUCAUAGCUCCUCAGUAGCCAACUGCUGCUGGUCAGCUGUGAGCAGACCUUGCCAAACAUCCUGCUGCAUUGAAUGAGAGUUAAACCCGAGAUCUUUUCACCCACCUUACCUUAAUCAUGCCAAUUUAUAGCAACGGUCGUGGAGCUUUUCCUUGUAUAGUCAAUAAAACCACAGCUUUGCUUUCAUUGUGCCCACUGUAUUCCAGUAUUUAGCCUUGCUGCCUAUCAUCAGUGAUCCCAGCACCUAAAGGACAAAUCUAUUUAAAAAAAAAAAAA